UAGUGGUGCAUCUGUGGCGGCGUCUCUGGCGGCGGCGGAAGGCCGCUGGUCGCGUGGCGGCGCGGGUCGUCGACACUCCACCACUCGCGCGCUUGGGGCUGCACUUGCACCGGCGGGCGCUCGGCCGCGCGCGCCUCGCCGCGCUCAGUCUGCGUCGGCUCUCCGCAGGGGUACAGCGUCGGAUGCGUGGCCGGGGAGGUGCAGCGGUCACUUGUUGCAGGAGGCGCGGCACGUGUGUGCGGUGGGUGUGCGCGCACGUGCGCGGCGGCGCGCCCGCUCGCAGCCGGCCCAGUGCCGCGGCGGCCGGCGUGGAGCGCAGAGCGCCGCACGCGCCGGCAUGCGACGCUAGCGGGAGCAUGCGGCUGCCCUUGCUGCCGCUGCUCGUGCUGCCGCUCGUGCUUGCGCGCCCGGCAGCAGCCGGGAUCUGCUGGACGGGGAUGGACCGCGGCGGGCGCUGCAGCUCGGUGGCGGCGCUGCGCGUGGGCCGCGCCGAGUGCUGCGCCGGCGCAUCGCGCGCGCCCGCGGCCUGGAGCCCCGACGACAUGGACAGUGGACAGAUAUUCUUCUACAAAGUGCUCUCCGGAGGCGUCUCUUGUGUUGCUUGUGCAGAGUCGUGUGCCGGCGUGUCGUGCGGCAGCGGGCGGCGCUGCGUGGUGCGCGGCGGUCGCGCGCGCUGCGUGUGCGCCGCCGCCUGCCGCCGCGUCGGUGUCGUGUGCGGCAGCGACGGCCGGACAUACCCGUCGCUGUGCCGGCUCCGGCGACGAGCCUGCCGGAGACCUGCCAAGCAUCUCGUGCUUGACUACCCUGGACCCUGCCAAGAGGGUAGUUGUGAGGGCGUGCGUUGCGGUGGCGACAAGCGGUGCGUGCUGGACGCGGAGCUGGGCGCGCACUGCGUGAGGUGCGGCGCGUGUAGUGUGGCGGGCGCGCCCGUGUGCGCUGUGGACGGCAGGACCUACGCCGGCGCUUGUGCCCUGCGGCGGGCCGCCUGCGAGCGGGGCCGCGCGCUGCCGCUGGCUUAUAGAGGGCCAUGUAUAGCGAACGCGACGUGUGCGUCGAUCACAUGCGGCUCGUCGCAGCGCUGCGUGUCUGGCGGCGCGAGCGGCGCGCGCUGCGUGUCGUGCGGGUCGUGCGGGGCGGCCGCGCGCCGCCAGCUGUGCGGCUCCGACCGCCGCACCUACCCCUCCUGGUGCCGUCUGCAGAGGGCCGCCUGCCACGCCGGCAGGGUCGUCGACCCGCUACACACUGGACCUUGCAAAGGCAACAAAAACAUAACGGACAAUAGUGUGAUUGAGAGACGUGUGAGGGAUGUGGACACCACACGCGUGCUUUAGUCAUAGACUCUCUAGAUUUAUCGUACACCCACUGGCUUCGUUGUGGUGACAGCUGACGUAGAGCGGCGUGCGUCGUACGAUGCGGACCCGUCGUACAACACUCUUUACGUAUUCUCUUCGCAGAAAGCGUUCAGAAAUACUCAAAAUGAAGAUGUCCAGUUUAAUCUGAACAAGAAAUAUAGAGUUUGUGGAAGCGGCCACUCUCAUCGAUCUAAACACCCAACACUGGUUCACAUCACGGCUUACCUUGUGAAUGUUUCUCUAACAAUUUUAAAUAUCGGAUACUGUACUUCGAAGUGACCGCUCUACGAAUUGUGAGUGUAUGUUGAAAUUCAAAAAUUCUUAGCUAGUUUAGACUUGAUAAAUCUAUCGAGCCUGAUGCACCCUUUUGAACUUUGUAGAUAAAUAAUUCUAUAUAGUUAUAGUUUUAAAUAAUUAACACUUACAUUAUUAAAUUUGAGCACCAAAUCGUACUUAAUAUUUAGUCAAAAUGUUAUACAUAGGGAGUGUAGUUAGCACAAUAUUUGGAACUUAGGUACCUACUUUCUAUAUUAAUAAAUUCUAACUUCCGUCUUGUUGAACGUCGCUACAUGAACGAAGCUCGUAUUAGGAUGAAAUAACACUUUCAUCGGACUGAAAUAUUGUUCUUAAAAUUUAAUUAACUCUUAGUACUUUAAGACUUAAAUAAUUUUACUUCACGAAAUGUGGUGAACGCUUAAUGCAAUAUUUAUUAUUAAGUUACGAGUAUGAAGUUUAGUGCAAUAAUUUUAUUGAAAAUUGUAUGAAAUUUAUGUUAUAUGUUUUGUUUUGUUUGUCUUUACGCAUGACUCGUGAUGGCACAACAACGUCUCACGUUAUUCGGACAUGUCCUGAGUGUUAUAAAAUACGUUUUCAGUAUUAUGUGUAUGUAAGAUUUUUAGACUAUCGUUAUUUUCGAAACAUUUUACAUUGAAAAUUAAGUGAUUUUUAUAGACUGUAGGUAAAAAGUAAUUUAUUGUUACUUUUAAAUUAUUUCCAAAAAUGUUUCCAAGACUAUUUGUAUGUGAGUUUAAUCUUCGUGAAUUUCAGAUGGAAUCAAAGCAAUGUGUGAUGUCAAUGUAGUAGAAACAACUUUCUCGGCGUCCUUCUUAGCUUUAAAUAGUGAAUGUAUUUCUACUGUUCAUUAUGUGUAAUGUAUCAAUUCAGGAAAGCAGAUAUCAUAAGCUUUAAUGCGCACUUACAUACUUAAAUUACUAUUAAUUUAUUGGGAAAAUGUUUCAGCUAUUAUAUGCUCAUGUUAUUCAAGAGCCCUUUGAGUGAAGUUUAGAUGUGACUUGUUUGAUUGUCCAGUUCUCGAAACGACGAACUGAUUCAAUAAUCAUGCUUCAUUUGUUUAUUUCUAUAAAUUCGGAGAUAACAGCUAAAUAGUUGUUGAAGUCAUUGUAUAGUCAUAAAAGCUUAAUAAUUAAUUAUAUUACGUUAAUUUACUACAAACAAAAUAAUUAUUGUUUAUUUGUGUACUUAUUAUUUAAUAUUGUGAACAAAACAAUUCAUACAGUUGCUCGGCUCUUGUCAAUUAUUUCUUAGUGCUAAUCACGUUGUUAACUUUGUCUGACUAUAAUAAUACUAAAUUGUUGUAGUUGAAUUCAUUGCAAACAUUAGAUGAUUUGUAUAAUAUAUUGUCCUUGUUUCUUCAUAAAUAUUUUACACUGG